AUUGAAACGAUGCGUGUCACUAAGGGCUCCCAUCAUCCCUUUCCUUCUUCCCACUUUCCCCCCGUUCUGCUGCUACGAACACAUCCAUUUGUAGAAAACAGAAGCGAAAUUCCAAGUGAGAGCGAUUGGGAUCGAAGAUAGAAUAUGGAAAGGGAGAGAGUGAGGGAAUUCAUAAAAAAGGAAGUAAGCGAUUGGGAUGAUGACGAAGCGGUGGCCACUGCUCGGUUCAAGGCAUUUAGUGGCCAGAGAUCAGAUUGGGAACCGAAAUACCAGUUCUGGAAGAAUCUGAUUCUGAAUGUCGCUCGCCAUCUUCGCCUUGUGAUCGUCCGGCCUCACGACAUCAGGAACAUUUGGUUCAAUCGCGGCGGCUUGACCCCUUUAUGCCUCGACGAAGUUUUGCUGGAAAUGUACAGAGAAGGUGAACUUGUACGGUUGGGUGAUCUUGAGGACCCAACAACGAGUGGCACACUGUCACUUCUCUUGAGAAAAGUUAGAAGAAACUUGACGCUUAUCAGAGCCUCCCCCAUGCCAUCCUUACCGGCUCUGUUACAAGAUCAUCUUGUACUUAACACUCUCUCGAAGGAAAGAGCUGUUGAAGUUGUGAAACAGUUGUGUGAAAGUCACUGGACUUGUUCAUGCAUUGUAACCAUGAAGAAGUUCCAGGACAUUUGCGGAGGCCCGAAUGAAGCAUCUGCGGUCUUGUCUCACCUGUCAGAAACUGGGAAAGCACGCUACCUCUCCAUCCAUAAGAGGGGAUUCCUAGAGGGCAUAAAAUUUUCACUGUCACCAGCACCGGUUUCUAACACCUCAAAUUUAGAUUAUGAUGUUUUGCACCUGGUUACUACGACAGAAAGGCUUCAGCAACAACUUGACGUGAUUGACCGACGAUGUGAAAUGUCCAGAAAAUCAGCAAUAGCUUCUUUGAGUUCGGGGAACAAGACAGUUGCACUGCGGCAUGCAAGGGAGUUAAAACUUGCCACACAGAGUAGAGAAAAAUGUACAUCACUUUUGAAUAGAGUGGAAGAAGUCCUUAAUGUUAUUGCGACUGCUGAAUCAACGAAGAAGGUCUCUGAAGCCAUCCAAAUUGGAGCUCAAGCAAUAAAGGAGAACAGGGUCAAUUUGGACGAAGUUGAAUUUUGUUUACAAGAGCUCGAGGAGAGCAUAGAGUCACAAAAGCAAGUUGACAAAGCUUUAGAGUCAAUUCCAUCAUCCAAUGAUAUUGAAGAUGAAGAUAUUGAAGAGGAAUUCAAGAAAUUGGAGUUGGAAGUUGGAGGUGGAAAACUUCAAGUUUUGAACCCCAAAACUAGGGUUGAUGGUCCAACAGGACAAGUAGAAGUUUCUGUUGAAUCUUUGAGUGAUGCUUUGUCAAAUGUUAAGCUUACAGGUAAUACAACAGGGGAAUCGGCAAUUGAGAAUCGUAUGGCAUCAAUGAGAGAGAAUAAGUCGAAAGACCUUGAGCUUGAAGCUGCUUAGUCCCUUUUCCCCCCCUUCCAUUUGCUCAAUGCUUUUGUUCAAGUGGCCAGUCUUGGAAGUUUGCCUUUUCAUGUGGUUCUGUAUGUAAGGCUUAACAUUCUUUUGUAUAGUUAAAGAUGCAAUUAUAUACCAAUGAAGUUGUACUUCGGAAUAUAACUUCUACUUUCAUGGAUGAUGGAGCGUUUAUUUUUUAAUGCAUUUUUAUUUUUGAAUGAGUAA